GUGAGAGACAGUUCUUGAAACCACCACCACCACCUAUUGAACUAAACCGCUACUUCUACCAGUAAGCCGGUCCAGCCAGCCAGGGUCUAAAUGGCCCCUGAACCUGCUACCAAUAUGAUGACACUUUCCGGCCAACAAGCCGAAGUUACCAUUAAUGGUGGCAUCAAUAGAGAAACUUCAUCCAAGUUCUCCCAAACACUUCAAAUCUCAACCAUGGCUUCCGACUCUCAGGUAGCCCCAGACGUCGAAACCCAUCAAGGAGAAAGAGCUCAAUGGGUUCUCAACGCCCCAAAACCACCUGGAGUCUGGACCCAGUUCAGAACCACUCUCAGGGAUUGUGUUGGAUCUUGCUCAGGCUUGAUGGUAUCUUUCAAGAAACAUCCUUUUGAGUAUUUGGUUCGGUCACUAGAGUCUGUUUUUCCGAUCAUUGGCUGGUCUAAGGAUUAUAGUCUUGCCAAGUUUAAGUGUGAUUUGCUUGCUGGUUUCACUCUUGCAAGUCUUUGUAUACCUCAGAGUAUUGGGUAUGCAACUUUGGCUAAGUUGGAACCUCAAUAUGGUCUAUACACUAGCAUAGUUCCUCCAUUGAUCUAUGCUUUCAUGGGUACAUCAAGAGAAAUAGCAAUCGGACCGGUGGCUGUGAUCUCACUUCUUCUUUCAUCAACGGUUCAGAAACUACAAGAUCCAGAAACCAAUCCCAUUGCUUAUAGAAACAUGGUUUUCACUGUCACCUUCUUGGCUGGUGUCUUCCAAGCUUCUUUCGGAAUUCUGAGGUUGGGGUUCGUGGUGGACUUUGUGUCGCAUGCUGCGAUAUUAGGGUUCAUGGGCGGUGCAGCCAUAAUCAUAGGGCUGCAGCAGUUGAAAGGGUUGCUCGGAAUAGCUCAUUUCACCACCAAAACAGACGUUGUCUCGGUUAUUAGUGCAGUUCAGAAAUCCUUUCAUUCUCCUAAUCCAUGGAAUCCACUUAACUUCAUCAUCGGAUGUUCCUUUCUGAUCUUCAUCUUAACUGCCAGAUUCAUAGGAAGAAGACAUAAGAAACUGAUGUUCUUAUCGGUUAUGGGUCCUUUGAUUUCUGUGAUAUUAUCGACUGCGAUAGUAUACGCAACAAGAGCAGAUAAACAUGGAGUUAACAUAGUUAAGCACAUCAAAGGAGGAUUAAAUCCCAGCUCAAUUCAUCAACUAGACCUCAGCACCACUAAUUUUUCUUCCGUCGCCAAGAUCGCAGUCCUUGUCGCUAUUGUCGCUCUCACGGAGGCGAUGGCUGUGGGUCGAUCAUUUGCGACGAUGAAAGGAUACCAUAUUGAUGGUAACAAGGAAAUGGUAGCAAUGGGAUUUAUGAAUGUGGCCGGAUCAAUGAGCUCUUGUUAUAUGGCGACAGGCUCGUUCUCUCGAACGGCGGUUAAUAACAGUGCAGGAUGCCAAACCGCGGUCUCAAACGUGGUGAUGGCUAUUACAGUUUUGGUUUGUUUAGAGGCGUUUACGAGGCUUUUGUAUUAUACACCAAGUGCAAUCCUCGGUUCGAUUAUAUUGUCGGCUCUGCCCGGACUCAUUGACCUAAACGGAGCCUAUCAUGUGUGGAAAGUUGACAAGCUUGACUUCUUAGCUACUCUUGGUGCCUUUUUCGGCGUACUUUUCGUAUCAGUCGAGAUUGGCCUUUUAGUUGCGGUGCUAAUAUCGUUCGCAAAGAUAAUGAUGAAUUCGAUACAACCCGGGAUAGAAAGGAUGGGAAGGGUCCCUUCAAGUUCUAGCAGUGGUUCAAACGCGGAGGAGGAUGCGUUUGGCGAUGUGAAACAAUAUCCAAUGGCUCUCGACACUCUUCCUAUGGGAGUACUUAUUUUCCGUGUCAAAUCCUCUUUGCUUUGCUUUGCAAAUGCCACUUCUGUUACAAGCAGGAUUUUGAAAUGGGCACGUUACAAUAAGGAUGAGGCAAAGGCUGGCGAGAACGGUGAAGGGAAAACUAAGCUCAUAAUUCUCGAUAUGUCGAACUUGGUGAAUAUUGAUACAAGUGGAAUUGCUUCUCUCAAAGAGUUGCACAAAGAACUUGCAGCAAUUGACAUAGAGCUGGCAAUAGUGAAUCCAAGAUGGCAGGUGAUCGACAAACUAAGACUAGCCAACUAUGUGAACAAGCCUGGGGAAAGGGUUUUCCUCACAGUUGGAGAAGCCAUGGAUGCUUGUAUUGGCUCUAGGGUUCUUCUUCCUCCUGUUUGAACUGUAACUCCCACAUCAUCCCUUAGUGUGUGUUUGUGUUUGUGUGUGUGCUUGUUUGAGGAGACUCUAAAUCCCAUUUAAGCUGUGAAUAUAAGAUGGGGGAAAUGCAAUAAAUUAAGGGGGCUAGCUCUCAUAUGCUUAUAAUUGGGAGCUCUCUUCUCUUGUAUGUAUGUACCCAAAAAUGUAUGAUAUAUAUAUAUGUGUGUGUUUGUACUA